AUGAAAUCUGCUACUAUCUUAAAUGCCCUCUAUAUCUUCACCGCAACGGUGGCGGCAGUGUCCUGCGGCAAUUGCAAUACACAGCAUGUUUCCGUGAAGCUACCCUUCGGAACGAUCAUCGGCCGUGCCGGACUGACUUCCGAAACAUUCAAUGGCAUUCCGUAUGCUCGGCCACCCGUAGGACCGUUGAGAUUGAAACCACCACAGGCACUUGACGUGAAAGGAAUAUUCAACGCCACGGGACAAGCGAAAGCAUGCCCCCAACUUCUAGUUUCUGCCAAAAACAGACAAGUUUUGGCAGAUUUGGAUGAAAAGCUUCUAGAGUUUCCAUUUGUUCAACCUGUUGAGUCAUCUGAAGAUUGCCUCACGGUUUCGGUUCAAAGACCUUCAGGGACUAAAGCGGGUGAAAGACUUCCGGUACUCUUUUGGAUAUAUGGCGGAGGCUUUCAGUCCGGCAGCACCAAUACUUAUGAUCCGACUUCGCUCCUGGCCGCUGCUAGUGCCGAGGGACUCCCCUUCAUCUAUGUUGGCGUCAACUAUCGCGUCGGCGCGUACGGCUUCCUUCCUGGUGCUGAGGUUCUAAAGGACGCAAGCACCAAUCUCGGCUGGCUCGACCAGCGUAUGGCACUACAAUGGGUUGCAGAUAACAUCGCCUACUUCGGGGGGGAUCCCGAUAAAGUGACGUUAUGGGGAGAGUCGGCUGGUUCAAUAUCAGUGUUGGGGCAGAUGAUGCUUUACGGAGGCGAUGCCAUGUACAAGGGGAAGCCUCUUUUCCGAGCCGGAAUUAUGAACUCAGGUACCAUACUGCCUGCCAAUCCAGUAAACAGUACACGAGCUCAAGCUGUAUACGACCAAGUCGUCAAUGUAGCUGGGUGUAAUAGCACUGGCGACACAUUGCCUUGCCUUCGCCGGGCUGACUAUGACAAAUUUCACCGCGCGGCGACUUCUUUUGAGAGUUUCCUUUCUUACACCGGUUCAUCAAUUCCAUUCUUGCCGCGACCAGACGGUAAGGUACUCCCUGACAGUCCAGAAGUACUGAUCUCCUCCGGCCGGUAUUACGCAGUACCUGUCAUUGUCGGUGAUCAAGAAGACGAAGGAACGCUGUUUUCCAUAUUUCAAAACGGAAUGGUGAGUACAGAUGACAAAUUAGUAGAAUACCUGUCCAGUGUAUACUUUCCAGAUGCCAACCAGUCUCAACUUGCCGAACUGGUCAAUGCCUAUCCAAGCAAGGAGGCCGGCAGUCCAUUCAGGACAGGAAAUUGCAGUAACCUCUAUCCUAACUAUAAGCGGCUUGCUGCUCUGGUGGGUGACAUUACUUUUACUCUUUCGAGACGUAUAUUCCUCGAAAUGGCCACAAAGUCAAGUCCCACUGUACCAAUUUGGUCAUAUUUGUCGUCCUAUCUACACAAGCAUAAUGUUUUGGGAACCUAUCAUGCCUCGGAUCUAUUUCAGGUGUUUGACGGCACGCCACCAAGCUACGCAACGACAAGCAAUCGGCGAUACUAUCUGAACUUUUUGUAUAAUUUGGAUCCGAACAAGGGUGGUGGCGGGUACUCAACUUGGCCACAGUGGAAGGAUAACCGGACGCUGAUGUGGUUCAAGACGCAGUUUGAGAAUGGAUAUUUGAACGACAACUUUCGUAUGAAUGCCCAAACCGUUAUAUCUAGAUUGGGCGCAGCGCUCCGUGCAUGA